AUGGGUCUGCACGUACUCGACCGACGAGACGUGCAGCGCAUCUGCAGCGGUCAGUCAGUCUUGGACCUUGCGACUGCCGUUAAAGAGCUAGUGGAGAAUGCGCUGGAUGCCGGUGCAUCGCAGAUCGAGGUGAAACUUACGGAGUUCGGGCGCGAUGCCUUUGAGGUCAGCGACAACGGCGUGGGCGUCACGCCCGAGAAUUACAUGUUGCUGGCACGUAAACAUUACACUAGCAAGAUUAGCAGCUUUGAGGACAUUGAGAGCGUCACGUCCUUUGGCUUUCGUGGUGAAGCAUUAAGCUCCAUCUGUGAGCUAGCAUCAAGUUUUACAGUAUGCACGAGAACGCAGAAUGAAGCGGUGGGGACACUGCUGGAGUACAACGCCAGUGGAGAAUUAGUAAAAGAGACAAAGAAGGCGCGGCCGGUGGGCACAACUGUCGUAGUGAAAGAAUUGUUCAAGCCGCUGGCAGUUCGGUCGAAGGAUUUUCAGCGCAAUAUAAAAAAGCAUUAUGCUAAGCUGCUCAAGGUCCUGCAAGCGUACGCUGUGAGCUGCGCGUAUGUUAAGAUCUGUGUAUUUAAUAUCACGGGCAAACAGAAUGCCAGUCGACAGGUUGUGCUCGCUACUCAAAUGCACCAGACGAUGGGGGAUAAUAUUGCCAAUGUGUUUGGCACCAAAUUUUUUAGGACUUUAUUGAGGGUGGAUUUUGAAUUGCGUGUUGGAUUGAAAACUGGGGAAGAAGAUAAGGAAAAUGCCAGAGAUGAAGGUAGCAGUGACGGUGGCAGUGGACAGAUAAGCUCUGGUGUGUUUGAGAUUGACGACACAGUAAGUGGGCAAGAACGCAAGGUGGUAGGAUAUGUUUCCAAAGUUGGUGCUGGAGUCGGCCGAAGUGAUAAUGACCGACAAUUUUUCUUUAUCAAUGGACGGCCAUUUAACUUGGCAAAGGUGGCGAAAAUACUGAAUGAAGUGUGGCGACAUUACGAAAUGAAGCAAAAGCCAGCAUGUGUACUCAACUUCCAUCUCCCGCUCGGUGACUACGAUGUAAACGUCACUCCGGACAAACGGGAGACGUUCAUGAAGUAUGAAGCAGAGAUUCUUGAUGCAUUCAAGUCGGGUCUAAGCAAACUCUAUGAGCCGAGUCGAGGAACGUUUACGGUUCAGCCUUUGAUGACAGCAUUUCCUCGAAUCACAAAAACAGAAGAUUCUACGAAACAAUCUGAUUCUCUUUUACAAAAAGAUGCUGCUGUAGCACAACUACAGCGUACGCCUGAUUCUGACAACCGAAAGGGUGACGACGAAGCACCAGCAGAGAUCACGACGAUGACGAGAUUCUCCGAAAAUGACCAAGACGAUACUGAAGUGCAGAAUUCAAGACAUGUCAUUGUUGAUAUACUUCAGCCAAAGUUUCAGUGGGGCAAAAGCACAGAGCGUACGCAUAACAAAUAUGAUGAUGCCGGCGAAUCAAAGCAAGCUUCGUCACCGACGACAAGUACUGCGUCUCCGCUAUUAUCCGUUGAACACCCUAUGUUGGAUCUGCGGAAUGAUGUCAAAAGACAGAAGGUAAACUCCCCUCCUUCUUCACAAUCAACCUCUUCGAUGUUGGAAGAGCAUGUGUGGUCAUUUGACGAAAUGAUGAAGCAGCGGCAGCUGUAUAUUGGGGAAGAACUGGAGCAUGAACGAAGGCGAAAGGCAAACCGCCUUAAGAUACCGAAGAUGUGUUCUACCUUAGUCGAGGGAAACAUCGAAAAAGAAACAAAUGAGCUUGUUGCGUCAGCUCUGCAACGAGUGCUGAAGAAGGAAGAUUUUAAGCGCAUGGAAAUUCUUGGCCAGUUUAACCUUGGUUUUAUUAUUGGCAAGCUGGACAAUGACGUGUUCAUUAUUGACCAGCACGCCAGUGAUGAAAAGUUUAAUUAUGAGAUGUUGCAGCAAACCACUGUCAUGCACCAGCAACCCCUUGUCCGGCCGCUCAUGUUGGAGCUAACAGCUGGAGAAGAAAUGAUCAUUUUAGAUCAUCUGGAUGUUUUCGCCAAGAAUGGAUUUACCUUUUUCGUUGACAAGGACGCUCCAGCGACAAAGAAAUUGAAGCUGCUGUCAUUGCCUUUCACAAAACACACACAAUUCGGCACUGAAGAUAUUCGAGAAUUGGCGUCGCUACUAAUGGACGCACCGUUAAAUUCGUCUACGAUCCGCUUGCCUAAAGUGAUGGCGAUGUUUGCAUCACGAGCGUGCAGAAGCUCUAUAAUGAUCGGCACCGCUCUCCACAAGGAGGAAAUGCAAAAGAUUGUUCGAAAUCUAUCGGGCCUGGACCAGCCGUGGAACUGUCCACAUGGGCGUCCCACUCUUCGCCACUUGGUCGAUCUUUUGCACCUCGCCGAAAGUAACGGCAACUAA